AUGAGCUGGUAUGAGCUGAUCCAGCUGGAUCUCAGAGGUGGUGUGCGACUCACUCGUAGAGAUGCCAUGGCAACCGUUGGCAAAGGCAACAAUGUGCGGCACCGUGUCGAUGCCAAAGAUCACUGUGGCAACACCCCGCCUUCAGAGAGUGAUCCCAAGACACAGGGUGCUGAGCAAGAAGAAGAUGAUUUGAUACAAUGGAAGAGACACACAGAGCAGGUGAAGGCAGAGCUUCUGGAACAGAUGCAGGCGUCUGUGAGCAACCUUCUGGAUAAGGCCAUCUCUGAGUCACUGCAGUCAUACCCCCGCCAGGCACGCCCCAUCGCCAGGGCCGACGGCUUGGCCAAGGGUAAAUCCACCAGAACCGACAGAAUGGAAGACAGAAAGGUGUUCAUGAACCGAAGAUCCAUACUGGAUGAGCUGUUUGAGAUCAACCACAUCAGGACCAUCUACCACAUGUUCAUUGCCGCUCUGUUCCUCUUCAUCCUCAGCACCCUGGCGGUAGACUAUAUCGAUCAGGGCAGGCUAGUGCUGGAGUUUGAUCUCCUGUCCUACGCGUUUGGGAAGUUCUCCACCGUUCUCUGGGCCUGGAUGUUCAUGUUCAGCUACACUCUGGCUGGACCGUACCACCUUCUGGGCACCUGGGGGGGACUCUACCACUCUGGCCACUUCAGAGGGGUCCUUACAGCAGGGACAGGGCUAGUGCUGGUGACCAUGCAGACGUGCGUUCUGGGAGUUUUCCCCAUUUACACGAUCAUCCACCACCAGCUUCCCCCCGCCUCGCGAUUCGUCGUCAUUCUAGAGCAGAUCCGCUUCUUGAUGAAAAGCUACUCCUUCAUCCGGGAGAAUGUUCCAGAAGUCAUAAAGAAGACAAAAAAGGGGGAAUCUCCCAGACUGCCUACGUUCUCCAGCUACUUGUACUUCCUCUUCUGCCCUACGCUGAUCUACAGAGAGUCCUACCCCAGGAACCCAUACAUAAGGUGGAACUACGUAAGAGUGACGUUUGCUCAGAUCCUGGGCUGUUUGUUCUAUGCGUAUUUCGUCCUGGUGAGACUGUGCAUUCCCGUCUUUAUGAACGAGAACAACCAGCCCUUCAGCACUCGAACCCUGGUCCUCGCAGUCUUCCACUCCACUCUCCCAGGAAUGCUGAUCCUGCUGCUCUUCUUCUUUGCCUUCCUGCACUGCUGGCUCAACGCCUUCGCUGAGAUGCUGCGCUUUGGUGACAGGAUGUUCUACAAGGACUGGUGGAACUCUACUUCCUUCACUAACUACUAUCGGACCUGGAAUGUGGUGGUCCAUGACUGGCUGUAUUCCUAUGUGUAUCAAGACUUCCUCUGGCUUUCCAGACGUCGCUGUCGAACCAUCGCCAUGCUGUCUGUGUUCAUUAUGUCGGCAUUGGUGCAUGAAUAUGUCCUCACCUUCGGCUUUGGGUUUUUCUACCCCGUCCUGUUCUGCCUCUUCGCUGUCAUUGGAGUGGUGUUCAACUUCACCAUGACCGACAAGCGCAAGAGUCCCAUCUGGAACAUUAUUUUGUGGAUCUGCCUGUUCAUUGGCCAGGGGGUCCUGGUGUGCCUCUACUGCCAGGAGUGGUACGCCCAGAAACACUGCCCUCCCGCUGGCGAGAGCUUUUGGGAGCUGGUGAUUCCCCGCUCCUGGUCCUGCAGCUACCAGCAGUGA